GCCGUGAAAGAGCCGCCAUGUUGUGCCGCUUCGCCUCGGCGGGCAGAAGCAGUGCCAAGUUGAUAGCACCAUUGGGAUGCUUGGUCUCUAGGCAAAAGCACACUCUUCCUGAUUUGCCAUAUGACUAUGGCGCUUUGGAACCUCAUAUUAGUGCAGAGAUCAUGCAGCUGCACCACAGCAAACAUCAUGCUACCUAUGUCAACAACCUGAAUGUUGCGGAGGAGAAAUACAAAGAGGCACUGGCAAAAGGUGAUGUUACAGCUCAAGUGUCACUUCAGCCUGCACUGAAGUUCAAUGGUGGAGGUCAUAUCAACCACACCAUCUUCUGGACAAACCUUUCUCCUAAUGGAGGAGGAGAGCCUAAAGGGGAAUUGUUGGAAGCCAUCAAGCGUGACUUUGGUUCUUUCGCAAACUUCAAGGAGAAGCUGACAGCUAUAUCAGUUGGUGUUCAAGGAUCAGGCUGGGGGUGGCUUGGCUAUAACAAAGAGCAGGGACGCUUACAAAUAGCAGCUUGUGCAAAUCAAGACCCUUUGCAAGGAACAACAGGUCUCAUUCCUUUGCUAGGAAUUGAUGUUUGGGAACAUGCUUAUUACCUUCAGUAUAAAAAUGUUCGACCUGAUUAUUUGAAAGCCAUCUGGAAUGUGAUCAACUGGGAGAAUGUAUCUUCAAGAUAUGCAGCCUCCAAAAAGUAGAGUGGAAUUCUCGCACAGACUACUAAAAUGUCACCACUUCUACUCUGAUACCACUCUUGUAGUAGUGCCUGUGGCUUACAAUUGAAUUGUUCUACUGCUGAAAACACUUAGCUCAUCCAACAAAAGAAUUUCAUAAUCAAGUAAAGUGUCUGCUUGUUUAAUUCUGUGAGAAGUAUUUACUUAGAUUUUUGAAGCUUUAAACUGUUGUGCAACAAAAGGAGGCACUUUAAAUAAAACAUAGAUCACCUUGCUGGAGCUUAAUGAGGUAAUGGAUUUCCUUGUUGUACUAAAAUACCUAAGUGGAAACAUGUACUUUAUGUUGCCGUAAACAAAUAAAACUCAAAAGAAGGGUCUUCUAUAUCUAUCUUUAAGAGACUUAUUUUUAGUAAUAGUUGGCCCAGUUAAUUGAUUUGAAAGGAGACGAGAAACACCUUUUGUAAUUUGUUGUAUUACAGGUUAUGGAGCUUUCUCACUGCUUGAAAAGAUAGAUGAAAGUGGAGAUAAGUUUUUCUGUGCCUUGCCUGAACUUGGCUGUCUUCAGUUGUCCUUACCUGUUCGUGGAUCUCUUAUACACACAAUCUUCAUGUAUUGCACUGAUGGACUAGCUUUUGAAGUGUUACCCUGGGCAAGAGUUAACAGUGCUGGGUCAGGCUAAAUUUGUCAUGUAGAAACUGGAUGACAGCACAUGAUAUUUAUUCCAUACUAGUUGUUAAAGUAUAUCAUAAAACAUCCUGUAACUUAAAAGACUGAUUGUGUGCAUAUGUCAAGUAUAAAUUGUCUCUUUGUAGCUGCAUUCCUGAACCAGUUAGAACUAGUUAAAAUUAAUGCCUGAGGGUGGGAAUUAAUUACUAUCUGAUAUAAAGGAGCAGGCCCAAGAGUGCUUGAAAAAUACAAGAAAUGAUUGAUAUGGGGGUGUUUUGUUUUUCUAAUUCUGUUGCAAAUAUUUCAGACUGGGUGCUACUGGACAUACAUAGCCCCUUGCUCAUAAGUUUUCUUUGAGCUUUCUUAGUAUGCUCCUGAGGAGCAUACUGCUCACUGAGGCAGGGUUUUGUUGAGUGCCAUAAUGUGUUUUCAGGCAUCUUCUCGGUGUACUGCAUGUACUUAAAGAACAGAGAGGUAAACAUACACACACUCAUGGUCUGGAGUGGAAAGCCUGUGCUAUGGAGGAAUCCUGAGUUAACUGAGGAGGUAAAUGAGGAGGUAAACCAUGGAGAGCUCCUCAAGCAGGACAAGCUCUUACUGAGGCUUUAAAGCCAGUAGUGUGAGACCAAACACAUGCUGGUAAGGCUGUUUAUGUUGUGUCCCAGGUUAAAAAGAUUUCUCAUGCUUACAGUCAACUGGUGAGCUUGUCCUGCUGCCUCGUGUCCUAUCUUUAAGUCUGAAAGUAGACAUUCCAAAGCUGUGCACAAAUAGGAAUGUUUGUGGAACAGGAAGAUGAAAAUUAACUAAAUGUUGAAGGCAAAUGGUAGGAACAUUGAAGAAAUGGAAAUUAUUUAAUGCUUGUUCUGGUGGACAAUUAAUAAAGGACAAACAAAAUGUGUGUGUCAUUUGAAGGAAGGACUUGGUUAAACUGUACAGAAGCUGCUGUGGAGGUAGGCAGAUGUGUAUUGAGAAAUAGGAAGCUAAUUCAUUACAGCUACAUGCCUCGUCUGAACAAACAAGUCUGAGACCCAUUACUCAAAAAACUAAACUACUAACACAGUUUAUUCUGCCUGGAGCUUCCUGGUAAAAAUAGCCAUAUUUGUGAAGUUGUCUCCAACCUGAACUGUGCAGGUUAUCUCUUAGUAAGCAUGAAAUUACUUGCAGACUUGGUCUGCGCAGCAGGAACAGAGAAUUUUCGAACUUCAGUGCUAGACGAAUUGAUCUAUGACCUGGGCCAAGCAGAAGAGUUGCAGGAGAAUUGCAUCCCAACAGUUCCCCUGAACCUAGCUUUUGUCAGUCCUUGCUUAGCUGUGUUGCCUAUGGAGAUGCCUCGUCUUUAUGCACAGUUAAUUUGCGUGUAGGCCAUUAUGUUAAGAAUUUGGUAUUGUUUUCAAGACAGGAACAAAGUUCAGUACCUCAAGCAAAUCCUCUUGGAAAUGAUUGUCUAUUGAGGAACAAAAUGCAUCAAGGUGAUCCAAUAAACAAUACUUAGGGGUGGCAAAGCUGCUGCAAUUAGAGUCUUCAGUUUGUAGACUACAGACUUUUCAGUUUGUCAAAGCAGGCUGAACUGCCUCAACCGAUGCAGUCAGGUCUCAAAAGACAGCAGCAUGCUGCAGAAUGCAAGUGCAUGUUUGUGCUUUUUUUCCCUGACCUGUCAAAAGACACGUGAAUGCUAGUACAAAUUGCAAAGCGUUUGUAUCUCAUUCUGUACCAGAAAAGAUUAAAGUAAU